UUUCGGCAUCCUGACAUCGUACUGCCAUACCUAUUUUGUCAUUUGUAAAUGUGACUGUCUGACCAAGGAACAUACAUUACAAGUUUCAAAUUGUGUGAGGUAUGACCAAGACAUCAUUAAAAAGGUGACUCAAUUUGUUCACUUCGCAAUGAACUCUGAAAGGAAAGAGAUCACGAACAUCCCUGUUCACUUGUCACCUGAAAUUGGAACUGGAGAUGCCAAAGAGGAAAGAGGAAAUUGUACACCAGAUAAUGGACCAAUGAAGCAGGAAGAUAAGAAUAGACAUGGUCAAAAAGAAGGGAGUGGCACAAGGAAAAGAUGCAGGGAAGACAACACAGAGAGAGUAAAACGUACGUUGUAUUUCAAUGGACGUGUAAUAGGAAGUGGAAGAUCUGGAUGUGUUUUGAGUCUUUCUGAUCGUCAGGGUCAUCUGUAUGCAGCAAAAAGCAUUUCUGGGCUUGAUGAGGAAAGGAGUGAUGAGGAAUACGACAUCCUCUGUGAACUGCAGAACGAAGUUAAAAUCUACAAAAAGUUGAGAGGCCUGCAAGGUAAAGUUGUUCCAAAGUUUCAUUACAGUGGCUAUUUACAUGGUUGCGAAUACACCCUGCUCUUAGACGAACUCGAUGCAUAUCCUCUCUGGAAGUGUGACCUGUCGUAUGAGGAAAAGGAAACGAUCGUUUGGGCGUUGGGCGAGAUCCACGCGGCCGGAGUUUUGCAUGGCGAUAUCAGGGAGCAGAAUAUUUUGUUACACAGGACCACCAAGCAACCCUACUUCAUAGACUUUGGGUUUUCAAGGGAAAGUAGUUGCGAGAUGGACUUCGAAGAAGAAAUAAAGAAACUCAGAGCACUUUUAGACAUGUAACAUUUGUCAUAGCUUAACUUAAUGUAGAUUUUGGGGAAUUGAAGACAUUGUGUUUAUUUGUGGGGCCAAUUUCUACUAACUCAGUGAUUACUGUUGAAAAAAUUUGAGUAACAUCGAUUUAAAAUAAAUGUUUUUGAAGAACAUGUACUGUUAUAUUAUUCAUAAUCAUUCCAAUACACAAAAAUAGCAAACAGUGGUUUUGGAGCCAUUUCAGAGG